GUUUAAACAAGACAUUAGUACUAGCAAGUGGGUUUGGGGACACUUUGAUAGCAGUGAAUUAUUUGGGGAAUUGGUUGGUUCAACUUGGGAUCUGGUCACUGUGAUUGGAGUCAUCAAUAUUAUCACUGAAGAGGGCAAGCUCAAAAGAAACAUGAUGUCCCAGACCAUAGAGAAGAAAAGACAAGUCCAUUUAGCCAAGGCCAAGAAAAGAUAUCAUGAAAGAGCUGCACCUCCUAUAAGGCUGACCAGUUGCAUUUUUAAGAGGCCAGUCACGAGCAUAACUUCCCAUCCUGGCAACGAGGUCAGGUACAGUCAAUGGGACAGGGCCUUGGAGAAGCCCCAGCAAAUCUCUGUGUACAGGAGACUGCAGGGACUCCAGGCCUGCAGCAGUGAAGGAGAAAUUUUAAGUACUUUGGAUUUCAUAAAUACCUCACAAGUGAUUGCACCAGGCAGUGCAGGGUCUCUACCUAGUGGCCCUGGACCCAGCAUGGUACCAUCUUCAGUUUGGGCAGGGACGUUCCCAGGAGUGGGUCUCUAUCUCCCACCACCCAUCUGCAGACAGCCAGUAACACCUGGAGAUAUCCGGAGACAGACUCGGAAAGUGAAAAAAGCAAGAGAGAGACUGGCUGAGGCCUUGAGGGCAGACAGGCUUGCCAGGGAGGUGGAGAGAGCCAGAAGCCAAGAGGGACAUUCUGAACAUUCUGACAACUAG